CCCGCCGAGCCGCGCGACAAGUGGACUCGGCGCCUGUGGCUGUCGCGGACGCUGGCGGCCAAGGUGGAGCUGGUGGACAUCCAGCGAGAGGGCGCGCUGCGCUUCAUGGUGGCCGAUGACGCGGCCGCGGGCCCAGGCGGCACGGCCCAGUGGCAGAAGUGCCGCCUGCUCCUGCGCAGGGCGGUGGCCGGCGAGCGCUUCCGCCUCGAGUUCUUCGUGCCGCCCAAGGCCUCCAGGCCCAAGGUCAGCAUCCCUCUGUCGGCCAUCAUCGAGGUCCGCACGACCAUGCCCCUGGAGAUGCCGGAGAAAGACAACACGUUUGUGCUCAAGGUCGAGAACGGAGCCGAGUAUAUCCUGGAGACCAUCGACUCACUGCAGAAGCACUCAUGGGUGGCUGACAUCCAGGGCUGCGUGGACCCCGGGGACAGCGAAGAAGACGCUGAGCUGUCCUGCGCCAGGGGAGGCUGCCUGGCCAGCCGAGUGGCCUCCUGCAGCUGCGAGCUGCUGACGGACGGGGACCUGCCCCGGCCCCCAGAGACAGUGGCAGCCGUGGUGACAGCUCCACACAGCCGAGCUCGAGAUGGCAUCGGGGAGUCCCUGGUCCAUGUCCCGCUGGAGACCUUCCUGGAGACCCUGGAGUCCCCAGGUGGCAGCAGCAGGGACAGCAAUAACACAGGGGAGGAAGGAGCCGAGCCAGAGCCGGAGGCUGAGUCUGAGCUGGAGCUCUCCGACUAUCCCUGGUUCCACGGGACCUUGUCGCGGGUCAGGGCAGCUCAGCUGGUGCUGGCAGGUGGGCCCCGGAGCCAUGGCCUCUUCGUGAUCCGCCAGAGUGAGACUCGGCCUGGGGAGUACGUGCUGACCUUCAACUUCCAGGGCAAGGCCAAGCAUCUGCGCCUGUCCUUGAACAGCCAUGGGCAGUGCCACGUACAGCACCUGUGGUUCCAGUCGGUGCUUGACAUGCUGCGCCACUUCCACACCCACCCGAUCCCACUGGAGUCCGGGGGCUCUGCAGAUAUCACCCUACGCAGCUACGUGCGGGCCCAGGGCCCCCCACCUGCCCUGGGGCCCUCGGCCAGCCCUACAGGGGCCUGGCGGCUCUCCGGCCCCCACCCAGCUCUGUUGUUGAGGGGACCCAGCUCCCCGUCCAGCAGGGAGACGUCCAGGGGGGAGAACCGGCAGUACCCGAAGGACGCACAGAGCUAA